GCGCACAUGGCCCUCUCUCUCUCUCUCUCUCUCUCUCCUCCUUCCUUCUCCAUCUUCUCUAUUUAUGAACUCUCCGAUCUCUUCUCUGCUCUUACUACCACUCUUUCUCUCUCCACCUCUGCAUUUAUUGGAUCCGUUAAUCUUCUGCUGAAUGGAGGGAGGUAUCAGAAACCUUGAGUUGAUCAGGAAGAGGAGAUCGAGGUUGGCGGCGAGAAGAAGAAGAGAGACGUUGAGAAAGGUGGGAAGAGAGAAUGGGAGAUCGGUGAGAAGAAAGGUUGUAGAGCUACAGAAGUUGGUGCCAGGCGGAGAAGAGCUCCGCCCUCAUCAACUCCUCGCUAGAACGGCAAAUUAUAUCUUCCAACUCAAGGUGCAAGUUCUCCUUCUAAGGGCUUUGUCUAAGCUGUACAUGAUCUGAGUUAUUUGUUGGAUUUAAAUUAAGCUGAACAAUAUUAUUGUAACUAGGUAGCUAUUAUAUGCAUUCUUAUGUUUUUUUUUUUUUAAAUAAUUAUGGCUUUUUUUCUUAGCUUCCUCUGGGGGAGAGGAUUGAAGGAAGAAUUUGAGAUAACUAUGUGUGUUUUUAUGGUAAUUGUACGUUGUGUUUGUGAUUAUAUAUAGGAUUUCAUAAGACGAAUGUGUUUGAUCUGUUGGUGGGAAAAUGCUAUUUUGUGAAUUAUUUA